GAAAAUGGGAGAUAUUGAGAAGGGCAAGAAGAUCUUUGUCCAGAAAUGUUCCCAGUGCCAUACAGUUGAGAAGGGGGGCAAGCACAAGACUGGACCCAACCUGAAUGGCCUGUUUGGACGCAAGACUGGGCAGGCUGAGGGCUUCUCCUACACGGAUGCUAAUAAGAAUAAAGGUAUCACCUGGGGUGAGGAUACUUUGAUGGAGUACUUGGAAAAUCCAAAGAAGUAUAUCCCAGGAACAAAGAUGAUUUUUGCGGGUAUUAAGAAGAAGACCGAGAGAGUAGACUUAAUAGCAUACCUCAAAGAUGCCACUGCAAAGUAAAAAUCAUCUGCUGCCUUAUUUAUUUCACAAAGGAGAUGGCAAUGGAAAUGUCUGUGAUAAGAUUGGUUUUUAAACUUUCUAUUUUUACAUGUACUGUGUCUAAUCUUAAAAAUCUGUCUCACCCAUCAGGUAACACUGCUCGUGGUGGGUCACUGGAGUACACACGUGUUUGGCAGCCGUUAACUUAAUGCAAACUAUGUAAUUGGGUUGAUUUAAAUGACUAUAAUGUUCACUCAUUCUUGGUCAUAGAAUUAAAAAAAGAAAAGAAUAAAUAAACA